CCUUAAAAUUUGCAGAGGUGGCGCUGCUGUUUCGUGAUAUCGAGGAUGUGAAAUAAAACUUGAAAGCAAAAGCAUGUCUAGCAGACAGCUUGCCGCAAAUAGAAACAGUUCAAGAAAAUAAAAGCAGAAAAAUGUCGAAAAGUGCUAGAGUGAUAUAUGAUAAAUAUUAGCAAUUAAACCUUUUCAUGAAUUAUGUACUCGGUAUCCUCAUUUAUGGUGCCACCCAAAUGAUUAUAUACGUAUGACUGAUAGUGAAGAAUUGAAAAUGUCCUGUAAAAGUAAUAAGCAGGAUUCCCAACUAUUCCGACCAAAAUCGGCAAGUACAAAGAUUUUCAAAAAGACGUGACCAACUUUCAAAUAUGGAAUUGAUUUAUUUAGUAAGAUAUUGUUCCUUCAUAAUAUACAAUUUAGGGGUAUAUUUGUUCGUUUAUUAUUUGAGUAUUUCAAACACGUGGGAUAAUUACAAAGAUUGGCUGUUUAAUGACAUCCAAGAUAGUAAAGUCUACGAAUACAUAAUUGUGGGAGCUGGGAGUGCAGGAUCUGUCAUUGCAUCGAGAUUAUCGGAAGAUGGGCACAAGGUUUUAUUGAUUGAGGCUGGUGGAAUGCCUCCUUUUUUCGUAAAUGUGCCAGUUAUCACUCCUGCCCUCCAGGAAAGUGUUUAUGAUUGGCGAUAUGUCACAACUGCUCAAAUCGAAGCCUGUAAAGGCCUAACUAAUAACCAAAGUAUUUGGCCUAGGGGAAAAAUGUUUGGAGGAACUAGUCGAUUAAAUUAUAUGGUAUGUGUUCGAGGACAUCCUUAUGAUUUUAAAGAACUUUUUCCAGAUUAUAGAGAAUCAACUGUGGACGGUGGAAUUUUAAAUGCAGAUGAUUUGAUUUGGUCCUCGAGUCUUACAGAAGGUGUUCUGAAAGGUGCUGCUGAAAUGGGAUACCCAGUACAAGAUAUAAAUAAAGGACAUUCUACUGGUUUCAUGCAACCAAAAGUAUUUAUGAAAAAUGGUGAACGAUGGAGUUCCGACCGUAUUUUUGAAAAUAGGAAUAAAAAGGAAUUGUCAAUCAUUACGAACGCUCAAGUCAACAGAGUCCUCUUUGAAUCAAAGAAAGCUGUAGGAAUAGAAUUUUCGAAACUGAAGAAUAGUUUCAAAGCUUUUGCAACUAAAGGAGUUAUUUUAAGUGCGGGGGCGAUUGGCACUCCACAAAUUUUAAUGCUUUCUGGGGUUGGACCAAAACAACAUUUAGCAGAGUUAAAGAUUGACAUUGUCUCAGAUCUACCAGUUGGUCAAAACUUAAUGGAUCACGUAAUCACUGGUAUGGAUUUAGUGAUACUCAAUUCCAGUCAACCAGUUAGUCUUAUCGAAUUCUUUAAUCCUCUUUCGAUGAUGGAAUAUUUUGUCCACCAUAAAGGUUUAUGGAGUUAUAAUGGAGUCGACGUGAUCGGAACUUUUCACAGUUCACUUCAAAAAAACAAAUCUGCAGCUCCGGAUUUAGAAUUGAUGGUAAUGCCGAUUGGGAUUUCGCAAGAUAAUGGAUAUGCUUGGAGAAAAGCGAUGGGAAUCUCCGAUGAGGUCUUUAAAGAAUAUUUUGCACCCCUUGCAUAUCAAAAUGCAGUUACCUUAGCACCAGUUUUAUUGCACCCGAAAAGUUUAGGCGAAAUUAAACUCCGAAGUAAAAAUCCCAAAGAUCCUCCUAUAAUCGAUCCCAAAUAUUUGUCUCAUAGAGAUGACGUUCGAAUUCUAAUCGAUGGAAUUAAAUUCGUUAAAAAAUUGAUAGGUACAAAAGCUAUGCAAAAGUUAGGAGCUACCCUUUAUCGAAAACCUUUCCCUGGUUGUGAAGAACAAUCUUUUGAUACUGACGAGUAUUGGGAGUGCUACGUCCGUCAUUUGACUUUAACUUGCUAUCAUCCAGCGGGAACAUCUAGUAUAGGAAAAGUUGUGGAUGAAUCAUUUAGAGUUUACAACACAAGAAAUUUAUUUGUUGUCGACGCUUCUGUACUUCCAGUUCUGCCUAGUGGAAAUAUCAACGCAGCUGUUUUAAUGAUUGCAGAAAAAGCGGCACGAUUAUUCCGGCAAAGUAAAAAAGAUUCAUUAGCGCAAUUAUCUCGCAAGUGUUCCGUCUAUGAUGUUUUCCUCUUUUGUACAUAAUAUAUUUUUAAAUCAACUCUUGUUAUACCUAUAUUAUACACAAAGUGUAGGAUUUCUUUUUAAGCUUUCACAACAAUAAUUUGUAUUCGUAAAAGAGAAGUGUUUUUGUUAAUGGGCAAUUCCAAACUUUUGCUAUUGUAUUUUUGCCCGAACCAACGUUGAAGAUUUCUAAACAAUAUAUUGUAAAACGCAUUUUUGGUAAAAUUUUUAGGAAAUAUU